AUGAGGGGACACGAGGGGACGGGCAAGGUGCAGAUGUGGGUGGACAUUUUCCCCACCAGCCUCGGCCCCCCCGGGCCCCCCGUCAACAUCGACCCCCGCAAGGCCGAGGGGUACGAGCUGCGCUGCGUGGUGUGGCAGGUGCGGGACACGGACCUGGGGGACACCAACCUGCUGGGCCAGCGCAUGAGUGACAUCUACGUGUGCGGGUGGCUGGACGGGCUCCCGGAGCAGCGGCAGCAGACCGACAUCCACUAUCGCUCCCUGGACGGGAACGGAGCCUUCAACUGGCGCUUCGUGUUCCCCUUCGAGUUCCUGGCGGCAGAGAAGCUCUGCGCCAUCCGCCGCAAGGAGCACGUGUGGAGCUUGGACCAGACGCUGCUGAAGGUGCCACCCAAACUCAUCCUCCAGGUGUGGGACAAUGACAAGUUCAAGGCGGACGAUCUGCUGGGGAUCCUGGAGCUGGAGCUGACCCGGCUGCGCCGCCCGGCCCGCAGCGCCCGCCUGUGCCGGGCCGCGCCGCAGGACGUGUCCCGGCUCUCCCGGCGCUGCUGCCGGGCCCCGGCGCUGCCGCGCUCCCCUCUGGACCUGUUCCGCUGCAGGAGCGCUCGCGGCUGGUGGCCCUGCACCGUGCAGGAGGACGGCGGCCAGCGGCUCUCGGGGAAGCUGGAGCUCAGCCUGGAGCUGCUGACGGCGCGGGAGGCCGAGGAGCGGCCGGUGGGGAAGGCUCGGGGGGAGCCCAACAAGCACCCGACGCUGCCCGAGCCCAGCCUCGUCCGCCACGGCAUCCGCUGGCGCUCCUUGCUCUGGCUCGGCCUGGGGCUGGCGGCUUUCCUGCUGCUCCUGGGGCUCCGCUCCUUCCUCCCGGGCUCCGUCACGCUGAAGGUGCCUGAGCCGCUCCGGCUCCUGCGGCCCUCGGGCGAGAAGCGGCCGGGCACGGAGCAUCCCCCGGGCGGGACGGGCACGAAACCCUGA